UAUAUCACAUAUUUUCACAGGGGACCUGGUGUUGAAGGAAUACCUCCCAGAGAAGCAAGCGACAGACUUCAAGUUUACCAGGCCAAGUUUGAUGAACUUUGGAGGAAAUAUGUUACUUUUUCUGGAGGAGAAGAACUUUUUGGCCUGCCAAUAACAGAAUACUCUGAGCUGCAAAGGAUUAAACGAGAACUCUCAUUACUUCAGAAACUCUAUGGCCUUUAUAAUGCUGUUAUAGAUAGCAUUAAUGGAUAUUAUGAAAUCCUCUGGACUGAUCUGGAUAUUGAAAAAAUCAAUAAUGAGCUGCUAGACUUCCAAAAUAGAAUUCGCAAGCUGCCCAAAGCACUAAAAGAGUGGCAAGCAUUCAAUGACUUGAAGACGAAGAUUGACGAUUUCAGUGAGAGUUGUCCUCUGCUGGAAAUGAUGUCAAAUAAAGCAAUGAUGAAGCGACACUGGGAUAGAAUUUCACAACUUACUGGUCACAGUUUUGAUGUGGAGUCGGAAAGUUUUUCCUUGAAGAACAUAAUGGAAGCCUCGCUUCUGAAAUAUAAAGAAGAUAUUGAGGACAUAUGCAUCAGUGCCGUCAAAGAAAAAGAUAUUGAAGCAAAACUGAAAAAUGUCAUUAAUGAAUGGAGUGCCCAUGUAUUCACUUUUGCCCAGUUCAAGUCAAGAGGAGAACUUCUCUUGAAAGGUUCAGAUACCUCUGAGAAAAUCGCUCUGAUGGAAGACAGUCUUAUGGUAUUGGGGUCCAUUAUGAGUAACAGGUAUAAUGCACCAUUUAAGCCAACCAUACAACAGUGGGUGCAAAAGUUAUCCAACACAACAGAGAUCAUUGAGAACUGGCUUAAUGUGCAGAACCUUUGGAUUUACCUGGAGGCUGUGUUUGUUGGUGGCGACAUUGCAAAGCAACUUCCUCAGGAGGCAAAGAGGUUCCAGAACAUUGAUAAGUCCUGGCAGAAGAUUAUGCAGAGGGCUCAUGAGACCACCAAUAUAGUUCAGUGCUGUGUUGGCGAUGAAACAUUGGCACAGCUGUUGCCGCAUUUACUUGAACAGCUUGAGAUGUGUCAAAAAUCCCUCACUGGAUACCUGGAAAAGAAGCGUUUGGUAUUUCCUCGGUUUUUCUUUGUAUCAGACCCAGCUCUUCUGGAAAUCCUUGGCCAAGCUUCAGAUUCACACACUAUUCAGGCUCACCUCCUGAGUUUGUUUGACAAUGUUAACAGAGUGGGCUUUCACGAGAAGAACUAUGAUCAAAUUUUAUAUUUUGAAUCUCAAGAAGGGGAAAAAGUGAACCUAGUGGAGCCUGUCAAUGCUCAGGGAAAUGUGGAGUCAUGGUUGGGUCUUCUUCUAAAUGGUGUUAAGAAGACUCUACACAACAUAAUCAGACAAGCAUCCAUUGCCAUUAGUGAUUCAGGUUUCAAGCUGUAUGACUUCCAGGCUAUGUACCCUGCUCAAAUCGGACUGCUGGGAAUUCAGAUGAUCUGGACAAGGGAUGCAGAAGAAGCCUUAAAUAUGUCCAAAACAGACAAAAAGGUUAUGCAGACAACCAAUCAGAAGUUUCUUGAUCUGUUGAAUGACCUGAUUGAUAUGACAACAAAGGAUCUGACCAAAAUGGAAAGAACUAAAUAUGAGACUCUAAUUACCAUCCAUGUUCACCAGAAAGAUAUUUUUGAUGAUCUGGUUCGAAUGAACAUUAGAUCGGCUUCAGAUUUUGAAUGGCAAAAGCAGUCCAGAUUUUAUUUCAUUGAAGAUAUAGAUAAAUGUAUCAUCCAGAUCACAGAUGUGGAAUUCAGCUACUGCAAUGAGUAUUUAGGCUGUACUGACAGGCUGGUCAUUACCCCUCUGACUGACAGAUGUUACAUUACCCUGUCUCAGGCUCUAGGCAUGAGCAUGGGUGGAGCACCAGCGGGCCCUGCUGGGACUGGAAAGACUGAAACAACCAAGGACAUGGGCAAGUGUCUUGGAAAAUAUGUUGUGGUUUUCAACUGCUCUGAUCAAAUGGACUACAGAGGACUGGGUCGUAUAUACAAAGGUUUGGCGCAGUCUGGUGCCUGGGGUUGCUUUGACGAAUUUAAUCGUAUUGAGCUGCCUGUCCUUUCUGUGGCUGCACAGCAGAUUUACAUAGUCUUACAGUGCAAGAAGAAUAAGAAGAGCCAGUUCAUAUUCACAGAUGGUGAUGUGGUUGACAUGGACAGAGAAUUUGGUAUAUUUUUAACCAUGAACCCAGGCUAUGCAGGACGUCAAGAACUUCCUGAGAAUUUGAAAGUUCAGUUCCGUACAGUGGCUAUGAUGGUACCAGAUCGAGCUAUUAUUAUGAGGGUAAAGCUAGCCAGUGCUGGUUUCCGAGACAACCAAAUCCUGAGUCGCAAAUUUUACACCCUGUACAAGCUGUGCGAGGAGCAGUUAUCAAAACAGGUUCAUUAUGACUUUGGAUUGAGAAAUAUCCUCUCUGUCCUUAGAACUCUGGGAGCUGUGAAAAGAUCCAAUCCUGAAGAGCCAGAGAAGACAGUAGUAAUGAGAGUUCUACGUGACAUGAACCUGUCAAAGCUUGUGGAUGAAGACGAGCCAUUGUUUAUGAGUCUGAUAAAUGAUUUGUUCCCUGGAAUAACUCUGGAUAAAGCUGGUUACCCUGAGCUAGAGGCAGCCAUACAGAAACAGACAGAAGAAGCUGGUCUUAUCCAUCAUCCUCCUUGGAUUCUGAAACUUAUCCAGCUGUAUGAGACGCAGCUAGUGAGACAUGGAAUGAUGACACUUGGACCUAGUGGUGCUGGCAAAACCAAAUGUAUUAAUGUCCUCAUGAAAGCAAUGACAGAUUGUGGAGCUCCUCACAAAGAGAUGAGAAUGAACCCUAAAGCUAUCACUGCCUCCCAGAUGUUUGGCACCCUUGAUGUGGCCACAAAUGACUGGACUGAUGGCAUAUUUUCAACUUUGUGGAGAAAAACCCUGAAAGCAAAAAAGGGAGAGCACAUAUGGAUAGUCUUAGAUGGACCUGUUGAUGCAAUAUGGAUCGAAAAUUUGAAUUCUGUUUUGGAUGACAAUAAAACGCUCACGUUGGCUAAUGGGGACCGUAUUCCAAUGGCACCUAAUUGUAAAAUUGUAUUUGAACCACACAACAUUGACAAUGCCUCCCCAGCCACUGUAUCCCGCAAUGGCAUGGUCUUUAUGAGUUCCUCAGUGCUGGACUGGAGACCUGUCUUGAAGGCCUGGUUGAAGACCCUACCUGUUACUCAAAAUGAUGUAUUAUGGAACUGUUUCGACAGCAUCUUUCAGGAUUUGAUUAAUUUUGUGUUCACGGCUGUAUCUCCAAAGAUGCAGAUAUUGGAGUGUAUGUAUAUAAGGCAAGCAAUUGAUCUCCUUCAGGGUCUUCUUUCUGAUAAGGAGGAAAAGCAACCUAGCCAGGAACACCUGGCUCGAUUAUUUGUCUUUGCAUUGAUGUGGUCAAUAGGUGCAUUGCUGGAGCUUGAGGAUCGUAUGAAGAUGGAAAUAUUCAUGCGUGAUCACUCUGCCCCUCUUGAGCUUCCUGCUGUUAAAGGAGAUGAAACCAUUUUUGAAUUUGUCAUUAAUGAGAAUGGUCAAUGGGAGCACUGGUCCAAAAGGGUUCCUGAAUAUAUUUAUCCAAAAGAUUCCAUACCAGAAUACACCUCAAUCCUAGUUCCAAAUGUUGACAAUGUUCGUACAGAUUUCUUAAUGCACACCAUUAUGAAACAAGGAAGAGCAGUUUUACUGAUUGGUGAACAGGGCACAGCAAAGACAGUUAUGAUCAAGGGCUACAUGAGUAAAUAUGACCCAGAAUUUCAUAUCACCAAGUCAUUGAACUUCUCUUCUGCAACCCUUCCCAACAUGUUCCAGAGGAGUAUUGAGAGUUAUAUUGACAAAAGAAUGGGAACAACAUAUGGCCCUCCAGCAGGAAAGAAAAUGACAGUUUUUAUUGAUGAUAUCAAUAUGCCCGUAAUUAAUGAGUGGGGUGAUCAGAUAACCAAUGAAAUUGUAAGGCAACUCAUGGAGCAAAAGGGCUUCUACAACCUAGAAAAGCCUGGUGAAUUCACUAGUGUUGUCGACAUUCAGUUUGCGGCAGCCAUGAUUCAUCCUGGUGGAGGCCGAAAUGACAUUCCCCAGCGAUUAAAGCGCCAAUUUACAGUGUUUAAUUGCACUCUUCCAUCAAACUCCUCUAUUGACAAAAUAUUUAGGACAGUGGCUGAAGGCUAUUUCUGUGAACAAAGGGGAUUUCCUCUUGAAGUGUGCAAGCUGGCGUCUGCAUUGGUCCCUACUACACGCAAAGUGUGGCAGGCAACUAAAAUUAAGAUGUUACCGACCCCAGCGAAAUUUCAUUACAUCUUUAACUUGCGGGACUUGAGCCGUAUUUGGCAGGGGAUCUUGACAGUCACAUCAGACGUCUGUCGCAGCACUGACAUCCUUGUGGCACUUUUCCAACAUGAAUGCACACGUGUGAUUGCUGAUAGGUUUGUUGACCAAAAAGAUAAGGACUGGUUCGAGAAUACUCUGCAUAAGAUUGCAUCAGAAGAUCAUGGACAAGAGCUGUUGCAGAGUGUAUCAAAAGAGUCCUACUUUGUAGACUUCUUACGGGAUGCACCAGAAGCUACUGGUGAUGAGCCAGAUGAUGCAGAUUUGGAAGCCCCUAAAAUCUAUGAGCCUGUCCCUUCAUUUGAAAAACUUUCAAACAGGCUUGACAUGUUCAUGCAACAGUACAAUGAAGCAGUUAGGGGAGCAAGGAUGGAUCUAGUGUUUUUCAAGGAUGCAAUGAUCCACUUGGUGAAAAUCUCCCGUAUUAUCCGGACUCCACAAGGAAACGCUUUGCUGGUUGGUGUUGGAGGCUCAGGGAAACAGAGCUUGACUAGGCUGGCUUCCUACAUAGCUGGAUAUCAGAGCUUUCAGAUUACUCUGUCAAGAACCUAUGGAACAAAUAAUCUUCUGGAUGAUCUAAAACUCUUGUACCGUACAGCUGGGCAAAAAGGAAAAGGAAUAACUUUCAUAUUUACAGACAAUGAGAUUAAGGAUGAAUCAUUCCUAGAGUACAUGAAUAAUGUGUUGGCCUCAGGAGAAGUGUCCAACCUGUUUGCAAGGGAUGAGAUUGAUGAAAUCACGCAAGAUUUAAUUCCCAUCAUGAAGAAAGAAUACCCACGGCGAGCACCCACUGCUGAGAACCUGUACGAUUACUUCCUCUCUCGUGUUCGCAGUAACUUGCAUGUGGUACUUUGCUUUUCUCCAGUUGGGGAAAAAUUCAGAACCAGAGCUCUAAAAUUCCCAGGUCUUAUUUCUGGGUGUACCAUGGACUGGUUCCAGCGGUGGCCACGAGAUGCUUUGGUUGCUGUUGCCAAUCACUUUUUGGCCUCUUACAAAAUAGAAUGUACAGAAGAAGUGAAGCAUAGCGUUGUGAACACAAUGGGUACAUUUCAGGACAUUGUGGCAGAAAAAUGUGUGGAAUAUUUUGAAAGGUACAGACGGCAGACAUAUGUCACCCCAAAAUCAUAUCUGUCCUUUAUCAGUGGCUAUAAAGCAAUAUAUGGGGAGAAAUAUGAAAAUGUAGGAAAUUUGUCCAACCGCAUGAAGACAGGUCUUGCAAAAUUAAUGGAAGCUGAAGUUUCUGUUAAUCAGUUGUCAAAAGAGUUAGCAAUUAAAGAAAAAGAUUUGGCUGUUGCCUCUAAGAAGGCAGAUGAAGUCUUGCAGGAAGUGACUCUCAAAGCUCAAGCUGCUGAAAAGGUAAAGAUGCAGGUUCAAAAAGUGAAAGACAAAGCACAAGCCAUUGUGGAUGAAAUUGCCGUCGCUAAAGCAUCCGCUGAAGAGAAACUGGAAGUGGCCAGGCCAGCCCUUGAGGAGGCCGAAGCAGCUUUGCAGACUAUUAGGCCUGCUGACAUAUCAACAGUUAGAAAACUGGGUAGACCUCCUCAUUUAAUUAUGAGAAUCAUGGACUGUGUUUUGCUGUUAUUCCAAAGAAAGAUAGAUCCAGUGACAGCUGAUCCAGAGCGAAAUUGUGUGAAACCAUCAUGGGGAGAAGCCUUGAAACUAAUGAACAAUUCAGGUUUUCUUAACUCAUUGCUGGAGUUCCGCAAGGACUACAUCACAGAGGAAGUGGUUGAGCUACUGCAGCCUUACCUGGACAUGGAAGACUACCACCUUGAAUCAGCCAAAAAAGUGUGUGGCAAUGUAGCAGGCCUCUGUUCCUGGACACAAGCCAUGGCAUAUUUCUUUGGAAUUAACAAGGAAGUUCUCCCCUUGAAGGUAUGGAGUCUAUAUUCACUAUAG